UUAAGCAAAAUCGAGAUAACCAAACUUUUGUGAAGUAACUCCACUCUUCUGUUUAAUGAAGUAAACACUUUGGAGUUUCUGAGGAAACAUCCAUGUAAUUUUGCUGCAGUACUGUCCAAUAUGCCUUAUAACACAAUUCAGAGCAGGGUGUAACACUCAGUGCUGUUGUUUUAUGAUAACUGGUUCAAUAUUUAGCAAAUAUGAUUGAAAACUGAGAUCACAACAGUGUGGUAGAUUACCAAUGGUUUAACAAGACAUCCAUAAUAUAUGGUUCUCUUUUGUGUCUGUUUCACUUUCAGUCUUCUGGGACAAGAUAAAGAUGUACUUUCAAAGUUCAUCCUCAUCUUCAUCCUCAUCCUCAUCCUCGCCCUGCGACAGACUGGCGACCUGUCCAAGGUGUCCCCCGCCUUCGCCCGAGUCAGCUGGGAUAGGCUCCAGCACCCACCGCGACCCUAGUGAGAAUGAAGCGGUGUAUAGAGGAUGCAUGGAUGGAUCCUCAUCCUCAUCCUCAUCCUCAUCUUCCUACGAGGGGAGUACCACAUGGCAGCGUUUGGAAUUCACAACAGGCUACACGGUGGUGAAAGAACUGAGAGCUGGAGGCUUUGGAAGAGUGUUGGAAUGUGUGAAAAACAACACUGAAGAGCACGUGGCUAUAAAGGUGCCCAUACGGCACAAUCUAGACCAUGAGGUAGGAGACUGAUUUCAGCUGAACAGUGACAUAAAAAAGACAUUGUUUUAAAAAGAGGUAGUACCACUACAAGAUUCUGAGUAGUGGUACUGGUCAUGUUAUGUACUUUUUAGUUGUUGAGAAGAACUGAUUGGAUGAUGUGACUCAGCAAACAUAUUGUGUCUCCACAGGCGGAAAUCCUGAAAAAGCUCAUGAGCCACAACUCGAAGGAGUCCAACAUCAUUGAGUACAAAGGAGACUUCUUCAUAGACAAUAAGCGGCUCCUGGUGCUUGAAAAGUUGGACAUCGACCUGUGGGACUAUGUGGAGAGUUUACCACAGCCAAUGCGACUGGAAGACGUCCGCACAGUUAUUCAGCAGGUGGCUGUAGCUUUGAAUGCAGCAAAGAGUGCUGGCAUAAUCCACGGUGAUGUGAAGGAGGAUAACAUCAUGAUGGUGGAUCACGUGAAGCAGCCCUUCAGAGUCAAGCUCAUUGACUUUGGUAUGGCCAAGUACAGGUCGGAAGCCAAAGCAGGAGAGCUAUUCCAAGUACUUGAAUAUAGAGCUCCAGAAAUCACCCUGGGCCUGCCGUAUUCAGAGGCCAUCGACGUUUGGUCCUUAGGCUGCGUGAUGGCCGGGAUGAUGACUGAAGAUAGUCUCUUCGGAUCAGAAUCGGACUCAGACUCGGAAUACUGGAAACUCCGACGCAUGAUCCGUCUGCUUGACACCUGUUGA